ACUUGUCCAAGACUCUCCAGUCUACUCGUAGAUAUAGGUAACCGUCCUUCUCCUUUCCUCUACUAGCAGUAGCAGAAGCGCAGAAAGAAUCAUAGAUCACCACGGCAUCGUCGUGUCACGUCCCUUCUUCUGUUCACGCACUACUCUAUUUGCUUUCGACAUGCUCCAGUUCCCCCCCGUCCUUACCGCGGUGACCUUGGCCUGUACCGUAGUCUUCACUCGGGCGCAGCAGCAAUCGUCCCCCGUAGACUAUGGUGUCGAUGUUUCCUUCCCAAUGCACCACGCCGUUCCGUCCACCAACUACGCUUGGUUACCGCACAACAUGGAUCCUUCCCUCCCCACACCUCCCGAAUAUCAGGACAUGUCUGUCCAACCCCUCGGGGAUAUGAAGGCUAAACACGAACACUUCAUGAACGGCUGCUCCGAUUAUUACGAAAGCAUGGGUGAUCGCUGUUGGUCGAACGAACGGGAUCGGAUCACAAUGAGCCUGCGACAACCCCAGUCUAUGCGCAACUACACCGAAUUCGGCUUUACCAAGAUUCGGGCCCCGGAUCACGUCUUUUCUCUGAUUCAGGAAUUUUGGCAAGCGAACAAGGACAAGCAAAAACUGGAACGGUGGCCGGCUGGUAACAUUUAUACCAAUCACUGGGAAUCGCCCACGUACUUGGUUUCCGUGGAAGAUACUUCCCUUGAUGGAGGAGGUUUUGUACUGAAACAGCACAUCUGGAACGCCGCCCGGGAUACCAUUCAGGAUUGGACGGGUCAGCAAUUGGCCGAAUGCAGUCUGUACGGCAUUCGGGUUUACAAAGAGGGUGCCAUAUUGUCACCGCACGUAGAUCGAUUGCCGUUGGUCGCUUCGGCGAUCAUCAAUGUCGAUCAGGACGUUGAUGAGCCCUGGCCACUGGAAGUGAUCGGACACGACGGUAUUGCACGUAACGUCACCAUGGAACCAGGAGAUUUGGUUCUCUACGAGUCGCAUUCCGUCUUGCAUUCGCGUCCCUUCCCGCUCAAGGGACGUUUCAUGAGUAACGUGUUUAUUCAUUUCGAACCAAUUGGACCGAUUGCUGGGCAGAUUGAAUACACCGGAGACCUUCCUCCUUACUUAAUUCCCGGCAGCCCGGAGGAGAAAAAUUGGCGCAGAAGUAAUCCCAAUGGGCACAAGAUUGUGGGAAAUCGCGCUUUCGCUACCGGCUCGACCGAAGCUCACCACCACGCUAGCAAGGGUGAUUUGGAACAGCUGCAGCGCAUUUUGGACAAGAAUGCGGACUUGGUUAAUGCGCGAGACAAGAACGGUUGGACUCCCUUGCACGAAGCGGUCCGUACCGGAGACGAACGCCUCGUUGAGCUUUUGUUGGAUCGGGGCGCCGAAGUGAAUGCUCGCACGGGGGAGAAAGGAGAAGGCGGUACUGCUCUUUGGUGGGCGCGCAAAUUUAAUGAGGAAGAAAGUCCAGUGAUGCGCCUCUUGAAAGAACGUGACGGCAAGUUUUACGGACCCAACACUGAGCUUUGAAGCUAAUGCGACCGCAGCGCACCAGCCUAGAGGAACUGUGGAUUUCGGUGCACAUUCCACAGUCACUUACGUACUUUGUUCUCGUGUUGGCGAAUUAGAGGAAAGGAGGUCCAGAAAAGUGAGGUAAGGGCUGCUGCACUUGCUCAACAGAGGAAAGCCUUCCGGUUUCAUUAUAGAGCCACGUUUCAUCAUGCUAGAGAUCUAUUUUUGUUCGUCAUUUUCAAGGAUAGUUGUUGUGUGUGCUCCCUACGUAGCAGAAUCUAACAGCAAAGGGAGCAAGCAACUUUGCUCUACAUUUUUUUCUAGAAUUGAGCUCUGCCUAC